AUGGACGAACAAUUCAGAGAAAUCGAAGGUCUACUUGAAUGUACUGACCAUGUUCAAACUCGAUCAUUUAAAAAGUAUGCUAAAAUAAUAAUACCACAUGUUGUACUUGUUUUAACUGUCUGUCUAUAUGCUAUUAUUGGAUCUCUUAUAUUUUAUCAUUUUGAAGCACCCCAUGAAGAAAAUUUGAAGAUUAACGGUGUAAGGCAUAUUGAUAAUUUAAGGAAAGAUUUAAUUCAAACAAUGUGGUCUUUUAAAAUUGAUAAUACAAAUUCUUAUUUAAAUAGUGAUACAAUUCAUGAUUUUUAUUCUAAUAUGGAAAGAAAACUAGAAAUAUUUAAUUCGGAUGUUUUUAAGGCUUUCAAAGACCAAUAUGUUAGAUAUGAUAAUGUUAAAGUGUCAUCCAACUAUACAAAUUUACAAAAUUCAAGAUCUCGUAAAUAUCGUAAAGCUAAUUCAAAAAAUGACAAAAGUGGUCAAUUAUGGACACAUUCAAGUUCUUUAUUUUUUGCUGCAACAACAAUGGCUACAAUAGGAUAUGGAAAUAUUGUACCUGUUACACCACAAGGAAGGAUAGCAUGUGUAAUUUUUGCUUUAUUUGGAGCACCUUUAGCUAUCAUAACAAUUGGUGAUUUAGGAAAAUUUCUUUCAGAAUGUACAAUAUGGUUAUAUAAAAAUAUUAUCAAAGUUCGCAAAACUAUAAAUCUUUAUUAUACUCGUUGGUCUAAUAUCAGAAAAGGUGUAACAACAGAAGUCGAUGAAACAGUAUCAACACAUAAAUCCGUUUCCCGUUCCAAUAUAGAUUGGGAUGAUUUAGAUAAAACUGAAGUGCCUGUAUUACUUGUUUUUGCAAUUUUACUUUUAUAUAUUGCCUUAGGAGGAAUUUUAUUUGCAAUUCUUGAAUCAUGGACAUAUAUGGAUGCUUUUUAUUAUUGUUUUGUUUCAUUAACAACAAUUGGAUUUGGUGAUUUUGUUCCUGAAAGGCAUGAAUAUAUUGUAAUUAUGUUAAUUUAUUUAUUCGUUGGAUUAGCUGUUACAACAAUGUGUAUUGAUUUAGUUGGUAUACAAUAUAUUCAAAAAAUACAUUAUUUCGGAAGAAAAUUUAGAGGAACAGAUAUAUUACAAUUAUUAAAAAGAAAACGUAUGAUUGAAAGAAGAAUAGCCCUUGGACAGGGUGAAGAAAUUUUACAAAUGUGUUUAACACAUAUGGCAAAAGAACAAAUUCAAGUACAAAUACCAAUGAAAAAUAUGGUUCCAUAUGUAAAACCAGAUUUACCUAAAAAAUAUGCAAAAGCACAUUCACUAAGUCCACAUAAUUCUAUCGUUUCAUAUUUUUCCAAUAAUAGUAAAAAUCCAUCAUUAAACAGUGAUAUUGCCAUUAUAAGUGAAAAAAAUUAUUUCUCAAUUGCAACUUCUUGCUCAAUACCAACAAUUUAUACUGGUAGUCUACCUGAAUCACCCUAUACAAUUUCAUCAGCAUCCAGGAGAUCAAUGAUGUAUGAACGUUUUGAAAAUCGUGAAAAUUCAUGGAUUGAAUCAGGUCCAGAUAUUUCUUUUCAUUGUUCUAUUUCAACUUCACCAUCAGUAUAUGAACGUGAACUUCAAUAUGACAAUAGACAUUCACCAAGUCCUUCUAUACAAUCCUUUAAAUAUGAAUUUCCCCCUGAUCCUAUUCCAUCUCCUGAUAUUAAAGAAAUUUCCGAUAGUGUUAAGAGAAUGAAAAGAUCAUUGAGUUGCGGAGGAAUUAUUGAACAUAUUCACUCAAAAUCACCAUCAAACACAAGUUUACAAACUCAAUCAUCUGUUAGUGUAAGGAAAUCAUUAUCUAUUUGUGGAGAUACAAAUACGUGCUUCCAUGCAAUAGAGUGCUUUGCAUCAAUACCUCCAUUGUUUAGUCGUUGUAUUUCUUUCAAUUUGCAUGCCUAUAAUUCCCCUUUUUCUAAUGUAGAUUUUUUGUUUUUAUUUAAAAAAUUACACCAACAAACUGCUUUAAGUAAUUGUGAGCUUGAAUCAUCGUUAAAUUUAGUUAAAUUUUUAAAUUGUCCCCAAUUAUUUGAUGCUGUAACAUGUAUUGAACAUAAACUUUUAAUAAAUCCACCAAUAGUAUUAUUUAAUGGAGAGAAUACUAGUUAUGCAUUAAGUGAAAGUAUAGAACAGGUAAGUUAUCAGGAAGCUAAUCACUUUAAGGAUGGAUUGGCUAAAAAUUUAAAGAAAUGGCUUUUAAUGCCAAGAAAUGAAAGGAGGCAAAGUUUUCAUUUUGAUGAAGGUGCAAUACAAGUAACUGAUAUUCAUAGAGCUGAACCAAUAUUAAAGCGUAAAAAGCAUGAAAGAAUUAAAAGAAAAAAAAGUCCUACACAUAAAAUGGAUUGGCUAAAUAUAUCACCAAGAACACCUUUUAUAGGUGAUACAAGUUCACCAUCAAGUGCAAUUUUAUCAAGAAAACCAUCAAUUAAUUUACAAUUACCGGUUCCAGUACAUGGUUUAACACAAACGACUGGAUUACAUUGUAUGGUUAGUUGGGAGCAACCUGUACAAAUUAUUGAAGGAGAAUCAUUAGAAAAUGUUUUUUAUUCCCCAGUUAAAUCAUUAGAAAAUUUAGAUGAACCAGAAGUACAUAAAAUACUUGAAGAAAAAAAACCUGGAGUAUGGAAAGAAGCAAAUAUAUCAGAUAUAAGUGAACCAUCACAUAUCAUUUUUUCUCCAAUGCCAGAACCUAUUGAAUUAACUCCAACUAUAUUUAAUGAUGAUUUUGAAUUAGAAUUAAAUACAAUUGUUGAACAAGUAUCACCUGAACCACCAUUAUCAUCUUAUGUUAGUAUGGAUGGAGAAAGUAGUAACUUUUUUGAGGACGAUUCAUCUUCUAGUUCUAAUUCUCCAGCAUUUGACAUUGAUUUAGGUGCAUUUGAAUUAGUAAAUAGUGGUAUGACAGCGGAAAGUUUAUUAAAUCAAGAAGAACCUGUUAUUUAUCAUAAAGAUAUGCCUGUUCAUUCAGUACACCAUGAUACUGUUCAAACUGAAGCAGCACUUGAAAAUUUAAUGAAUGCUCCAAAAAGUAUGCUUAGUUGUGUUGUUCCACCAACAAUGGUUGCUGAUAAUUAUUGUUUUGUUGUUGAUGGAGAUAAAGUUAAGUUUGAUGAUAUAAUGGGUGAUGAUCAAUGGUGGAGGCAUACAUCAAGACCAACAAAAUAUUUUUAUAGUGAUGAUAUGAAAAAGUUUACUCGGGUAAAUUGUAUUACAGCUAAAGGAAAAAUCAUAUCAGCUAGAAUUGCUGCAACAAGUACUUCUAAUUCAGUUCCUAAUUCAGCAACAUUAAUGAUAAGUUCAUCAACAUCAUCAACAUUAAAUGCUGGUGGUAGUAGUUCAAUACAAUCAUCAACAACACCAAGACCAUCAUUUUCAGUAUCAGCUCGAUCUUCUGGUGGUGGUUUAAGUGGUAGAGGUGAAAAAGUUAGCUUAGAUAAUGUAUAUAAAGUUAUAAGAUUUUAUUCAUUUUGGAAGACUUGCACUUCAUUUCAUCGAAUAUGUACAAUGAUUGAUAAGGUAACAGAUAGUGAUAAAGAAAGUUCAUCUCCGGGUUUUAAACGUCGGCUAUUUGUACAAUAUUUAUGGAGGAACGCAAAACCAAGUGAUAAAAUUAGAGUACAAAAAGAAUUUGAUCCUAGAAGACAACGCCUUCUUCGUUUUGUCACAGCAGAAAAUGCGCAAAAAAAAAGAUCAAGUGUUGUGCGUAAUGAAAAGCCAGAACAUCCAUUUUCUAGGUCUUCAUCUACAAUGAAAAGAAAUUCCUAA